CCGCGGUCUAGUUGUGUCUGCUCUGCGCAGCGCCUGCGAGCGGAGGGAGUCGGUGAAACGCAGCGGCGGUUCCAGCGUGCGCGGCUUCGGUAAUGAUGCACUAAACCUGCCUCCUCAUUCAUACUCUCACAACCCAACCAACAACGUCUCCAUUGUGAUUAAUUCUCCCAAGUUUCAUCGUUGCUGCUGAACACGGCUGGGAAAAAAAAAGGUUUAAUGAAAGAAAAAGACGAGCAGAAGCGCACGGCAACGUUACGACUGUUUUUAUUUUCAUCCCAUUCUGAAUGACGGGCGGACGGUUCGACUUCGACGAUGGAGGCACUUUCUGUGGCGGAUGGGAGGACGGGAAAGCCCACGGACACGGCAUCUGCACGGGACCCAAGGGUCAAGGCGAGUACGCCGGGUCCUGGUCCCACGGUUUUGAGAUAGUCGGGGUCUACACCUGGCCCAGCGGGAAUACAUACCAGGGCUACUGGUCGCAAGGCAAACGCCACGGGCUUGGUGUUGAGACCAAGGGGAAAUGGCUUUAUCGUGGGGAGUGGAGUCACGGGUUCAAGGGUCGCUAUGGGGUUCGGCAGAGCACCGAUACACCUGCUAGAUACGAUGGGACGUGGAGUAAUGGACUACAGGAUGGCUAUGGAGUCGAAACCUAUGGGGAUGGUGGCACUUAUCAAGGCCAGUGGAUGGGGGGCAUGAGGCAUGGCUAUGGUGUGCGACAGAGCGUGCCUUAUGGAAUGGCCACCAUUAUACGCUCUCCGCUUCGCACCUCCCUGGCCUCUCUAAGGAGUGUGCAAAGCAAUGGCGCCGUUCUGCAGGAUACGGUACCCGACACGCCAGUUGGAAGCCGUGGUGGGUUCGUGCUGAAUUUUCACAGCGACACCGAAGUCGUCACCGGGAAGAAGAAGGGCCUGUUCCGCCGCGGGUCCCUCUUCGGCAGCCUCCGCCAGCUAAGGAAAUCUGACUCCAAAACGUCCAUCUCUAGCAAACGGAGCUCUGCACGUAGUGACGCCACCAUGAGCCGCAUCAGCUCCAGCGACGCCAACUCCACCAUCAGCUAUGGAGACGGAGAGGUGACCGAAGAGUACACCCCCAUGGAGGACCACGUGGAUGCCACCACCACCGAGUCCUACAUGGGCGAGUGGAAGAAUGACAAGCGCAAUGGGUUUGGAGUCAGUGAGAGAUCCAAUGGGCUGAAGUACGAAGGGGAAUGGAUGAACAACAAGAGGCAUGGAUAUGGAUGCACAAUAUUCCCAGAUGGAACCAAAGAGGAGGGGAAGUAUAAAAAUAACGUGUUGGUGCGUGGGAUAAGGAAGCAGCUUAUUCCUCUUAAAAACCAUAAAACUAAAGAAAAAGUGGACAGGGCCGUGGAGGGGGCUCGAAGGGCGGCAGCCAUCGCCAGGACGAAAGUGGAAAUAGCAGUUUCAAGGACGGCCCACGCAAGGACUAAGAGUGAAGCAGCAGACCAGGCCGCACUUGCAGCAUGUCAGGAAUCCGACUUAGCCAGAGCUGUGGCUUAUGAAUUAUCUCCAAGCUUCCAUCAACCAGGACUUGACUACAUCAAACAAAAGUUCAGUGAACCGGUGGAGGAGAUUAAGGAGGAAGCACCUAAGAAGGAGGAGGAGAAGGAGAAGUCUUCUAGCAGCCCUUUCUAUCGGCGCGGCACGACUCCAAGCCAUACUCCCGCCCACAGCCCAACCCCGUCACCUCCCCACUCUCCUCAGAAGAGCCAAGCACCCAACCCCAGUGCCAGCCGCAAGAUAAGCAGAGACAACAGCAGCGUAGCCCGAAAGAUAAGCAAGGACAGUAGUAGUGUAGCUCGCAAGAUAAGCAAAGAAGAGAGAGCCUCAAUUGUGGCAGAGAUCACCAAAGUAUCCGCCCCUCCUCCUGUACCCGCCAUCAAGUUACAGGAAGUGCCCCCACCAAAGCCCCCCAAGGCCCCUGAGCCCCUGCCCAAACCUGCGAGCACAGGUAAUGGGCAACUACAUGCUGCUUAUCACAGUUACUAUGUGAAGCCAAUGAAGCAGUUGCCUCCACCAGAGGAACCAGAAAAUGAAGAGCCUGAGAUGACACAGUCUAGCCUGGCCAGGAUGCCUCCGCCACCCAAACUGGCCAGGAUGCCCACUCCCAAACCAGAGCCCAAGAUCAGGAAACAAGAUUCCAUUAAACCAAAGAGCUUAGCUGAAACCAAGAAAGCCAGCAUAGAUAUGGCCGAUGAAACAGUAGCGGAAGAAUCUGGUCCUAACUCUAUUUUGGUUGCCAUGGUGAUGCUUUUGAACAUUGGAUUGGCAAUCAUUUUUGUCCAUUUCCUGACAUGAAACUCUACCAUUUCAGUGUUGGAUGGCAACCCACACAGUUGUGUCAAUGACCUUUCUGAAAUCCAAACGGCACCAGGCAGUCUCCAGAGGGCAGAGGGAGCUGAAGAAUCGACAUAUGCAAGUUUGAAAGCCGGAGCAUCAUCCUUGAGAAUGACGUGGUCUAACGUCACGCGGCUCUGGUAAACGAGAUGAAAAUAUUUUGGGGGGAAAAAAUUACCGUUAAAAUGGAAAGCGAAGAAGAGAAUGCAGUGUAACGUGACUCUGCUGAUGGAAAGCCUUAAUAUCAGCCACUCCAUAGGUCUCUGGCUUCUGGCAGAGACUUAUCUGGAAAUGUUUGAUGAUGCACUUUUACAUGAUGGGCAAGAGCAGCUGCCUUACUCAUUUACCAUCUGACGUGUAACUGGGAGAUGUGCUCGCAGUGCCAGAGGAAUGCGUUCAGGGGACUUUGCUGCAGCGGGCGUCCGUUCCAGAGAGAGGAAACCGAACGCGCACACCAGCGUCACUCGUCCGUCUUACACCCCUUACUGACCCACUGCAGUUUCUUCUAGCGUCUCCUGCGUUCUUCUCGGAAGCUCUUGAGUCGAUGCUCCCUACUGUACUCAUCACGUUUCAGUUUUUGUUUUCAUGUACCGUUCUUUCUUUCCUUUAUCUUUGUUAACCUCAUUCAAAAUCGUGUUUGAAUUAUAUGAAGCAAAAACAAAAUCACUAGCAUUUUUUUGGGUGAGAGUAUUGGUACUAUUUGGAAAAAAUGGGAAAAUAUUAUAUUAUUUAUUAUUUAAAAAUGUGCAAUAUGGUUUAUUUUUACACUUACAGAGUUUAAUCUUUCACCAGUGAGGGACACUGUAGUUCUGUCCUAUUUAUUCUAGUAUUUAAGAGAACGAAAAACAUGAACAGAUUUGAAAAGUUACAAGAGUUACAUGUACGAUGCGAGAUACGGGAUUUCCCGCUCUUUUUUGAUCACGCCCAUUCUGAUCAUGGCAAAACCAAUCAAAAAGUCUUAUAAAGUGUGUUAUUUAUUGAAUUCUGGGAAUUGACUGUUUGUCAUGUUAUGUAAAUUAAGCCUAUGCCGUUGUGCAUGCGAUGUUGUAGAAGAGUUGUGGUGCUUCAGAUGUCAGGUAUGACAUGUGACAGCAGGUGAGAUGUUUUGGAAGGAAAAUAAAUGACAUUGAGGGCUUGCUUGCAUGCUUGUGACCGUGGAUGUUUUGGAUAUCAAAAGUCAGGUAUGGAAGUAGGACAUUGCCUUUAAGAGUCUUUAACAGUACUUCAGUUUACCUCAAACGAAAUAAAGGAAAAAGCCUCAUACGAGAUGAAGUCUUUGUCUUAAAUCUGUAGUAUGCAAAUUUUGACUGACGCAGUCAUUGGGAAUUGAUUUUAAAUGUGCCACUAUAAAUGAUUUUCUUUUGGUACAUCUGGAAAUUGAACUUUUCUUUGUUAUUCUUCUUAUCAUAUUUCUGUGCAUUUUUCCUCUUCGGAAGGUUUAUUAAAAAUUUAUUUAUUAUAUAUAGAAUUCUAGAUAUCGUUUCUAGUGUUUGGUGAGUGUACAAGGGCUUUCUCUUCUUCAAACCCUCAUUUGCUUUUAGUUUUCGUUUGCAUGGAGUCUUUAAAUGCACUGUAUAUCUGAUUCAAAACAACUAUUCUGAGGUAAAUGUUUAAGGCAUUCAAAUUAACUCUUGAAGGACGUGUUUUAUUUGGUUGUAUUUCAAUUCUGUGCAACAAUGCAGUGCAAUGUGUACGGGCUCUUUUUAUAUGUUUUCUGAAGGAGAGAUUUGAGCUCUUAGGACAGGACAAGGAAUUAUUUUUCUAAAAACAAAUGUUGCACAAACUAAAAACAUUUAUAUACUAUAUAAGGUUUAUUCUAUUUAUAAGAAUUUUUACAGAGCACAGCCAUUACGAUAUGAAUUCUAAGAUAUUUUUCUAUAGAAAUGCACAACUGUAUUUUGUCAGAAGCAGCUUAGCUACUUUAUAUCAAGCAUUGUAUCUCACACAUCAUCAGAAUUAAGACUCUAAACCUAUUUAUGAUUCGAUGUGAUUUGAAAUGCUGAGGAUGCAGGAAUCCUCUUUUGAACCCUUCAAUGCAAAAAACAAAACAAAAAAAACCCUCAUCUCUGUUACAUUUCGAGCCCAUAGAGCCCCACGUAUUUCUGUAAUUUGAAAAGUUAUGGUAUUUAUCUGUAUAAUAAAAUGUUAUGCCUUGUAA